AUGCCUGAGCCUCUCAAACUCCUGCUUCUCUGCUGGGUGGUUAAACUGAGCUACAGUGUGACUUCACCAGAAUGGUUCCAGAACAUUUCCACCGAUCUCUUCAAUUUGCCAGGGGACAUUUUGCUUGGAGGACUUUUUCCCAUCAACCGACUCUCCAGCAAUCUGAGCGACAGACUCCAGCCGGACAACAUCAGCUGUGAAAGUAUUGAUGAGUAUGGAUUGGGCAUUGCUCUGGUCAUGAAAUAUGCAGUGGAUGAAGUCAACGCCAACCAGCUGUUGCUUCCUGGCGUCAAGCUGGGUUAUGAAAUCUAUGACACAUGCAAACAAUCUGCCGUCAUUGUUAUGAAUACGAUUCCAUUUCUCACGGCAAAAAAAACCAGAGAGUUGACCGUAGAGUGUAAUUACACCAACUAUGAGACCAGGAUCUCAGCUGUGAUUGGUCCACAAGGAUCAGAAAUGGUUGCAGUCAUUGCAAAACUACUUGGAUUCUUUCUGAUGCCACAGGUUAGCUAUGGUGCCACAAGUGACAAAUUCAGUGACAAGUCUCUCUACCCAUCAUUCCUGCGUACCGUACCCAGUGACAGAUGGCAAGUGCAGGCCAUGGUGGAACUAGUGAAGGAGUUUAACUGGAACUGGGUGGCAGUGGUGGGCAGUGAUGAAGAGUAUGGAAAGCGGGGUAUGCAGGAAUUCUCCAAAGUAGCAGAGCAGCAGGAUGUCUGUGUGGCCUAUCAGGGGCUGAUUCCAGUGUACACUCAUGCUGAACCAGUCAUCAAAAUGAUCCUCAACCAUAUCAAAACAACAGAAGUGGGAGUGGUCAUUGUCUUUUCACUUCCAGAGCCAGCUGUUGAUUUCUUUGAAGAGGUUAUCAAGAUGAAUAUGUCUGCUGUGUGGAUUGGUAGUACAUCUUGGGCCAGCCACAACCGCCUGACUACCAUUCCAAAUAUCCACACAGUUGGUACAGUCAUUGGCUUCUCUGACAAAAACCAGAGUCCAGGUCUGCUCAUCCCUUACACCCAAGCGCUCCUCACCAAACUGAGUGAAGAGAGGAACAAAACUUCCUCUCCAGUACCACCAACAUCUGGAACCGAUGUAAAAGGCAAUCCCUGCCCACAGUGCUGGAACAUGACAGCUGAUAAUAUCACUUUGGUGAAACAGCCUGGAGUACAGAAUUCAGCUUUUAGUGUAUACGCUGCCAUCUACAGUGUGGCACAGGCACUGCACAACAUGCUGGGAUGCAAUUCAACAACAUGUAUGUGGGGAACUGAAAGCAAAAUUUAUCCCUGGCAGUUGCUGGAAGUUUUAAAGAAUACGUCUGUGGACAUAAAUGGAACACGCAUGGAAUUCGACAGCAGCGGGGAUCCAAACUUAGCAUACACUGUGUUUGAGUGGAUCUGGGAAGAUUCCAAGCUACAUUUCCAAGAUGUAGGGAGCUUUAAUCACAAACUGUUCAUCAACAAGUCCCUCUUCAAAUGGCACACUGAAGACUCAAAGAUGGUGCCUUGGUCUUCUUGUUCUGCGGCAUGUGCAUCAGGACAGGUACGCAGAGUGAAAGGCUUCCACUCCUGUUGUUUUGACUGCAUUGAUUGUAUGCCGGGCACAUACCAGGCAAAGAAAGAGGACAUUCACUGUACUCAUUGCCCUGAACGGCAAUGGUCCCAUAUCCGCAGCACAAACUGCACUGCACCCGUCUUUGACUUUUUACCAUGGGACUCACCAGUGUCUCUGGAACUGAUGUUUGCUGGGCUGCUGCUGCUCAUAUGUCAAGGGCUUGUGGGGGCUGUGUUCAUUAAGAACAGGAAAACCCCGAUGGUGAGAGCCUCAGGGGGGAUCCUGAGUUUUGUCGCUCUGGUCAGCCUGAUGGGAACCUGCCUCAGUCUGGUACUCUUUCUUGGUCAGCCACAGGACCUGAUUUGUCGCCUUCAGAUGCCGCUCAGUUUCAUCUCCCAAACAGUUGCCCUCUCCAUUAUCAUGGCCAUCUCACUACAGAUAUGCUACAUGACAGAGUUCCCCGAAAAGGCAGCAUCUCACAUGAGCAAAGUGAGAAUCCCUGGGAGCUGGUUGUUGAUUAUGGUUUGCUGCACUAUGCAGGCUGGUCUCUGUGGCUGGUUUGUGCAGAACGGAAGUUCACUGUCCAAUUAUGUAGCAAAUAUGAGCAUAGACUUUAUGAAGACAUUCCUUUCGUGUCCUGUGGAGCCCUUGACUGGAUUUGCCAUAAUGCUAGGUUUCAAUUGUGCAAUGGCCCUUAUAUCAUUCAUGUCCACCUUUAUGGCGGUAAAGCCCAUUCACCAGUAUAACCUUGCAAGGGACAUUACCUUUGCCUCUUUGAUCUACUGUGUGAUUUGGGUUAUCUUUAUUCCAAUCUACAUAGGAUGGAAUAAUCAGAAGCACAGGUCCAUUGUCUACAUUUCUUUCAGCAUAGCAAGCAACUUCGGACUAGUAAUGGCCUACUAUUUCCCAAAAUGCCACCUACUGCUGAAGAAACCUGAGCUCAAUACAUUGGAUCACUUUCAUACCUUUUUAGAGGGGGCACCACCAAGACCAGCUCAGGAGGAGCCCCAGACUCAGACACAAUCAAGACAGUAA